ACUGAACUGUCGCACAAAAUUGGACUUUUUUACACUUGUUGUUUUGUAUUCACCUCUUCAAACAAUAUGGCACCCGUUGACAUUCCAUUGACGAACUACAUGUUUGCACGCAAUGACCGGUUUCGGCCUUGGUGGAUCUCGGAUCGUAAGAAUGUGCUAAUUUACACGUUUUACAAUCAUGUUACCAGUGACAAGGAGGCGUGUCAAUUGCUUCGACGGAAUUUCAGUGGCGAAACUAGCAUGAUCAUCCGUACACUGUCGACCGAGAAUUACUACGCGUCUCUGUCGUUGCCUUCACCACCACAAACAACAACAACAACUGUUGAAUGUCAGCCAACAAAAGAAGAAGAAGACAUUGAUGACGAAAAGAAUUGGGUUGUUCUUGAAGUUUUAAUUCAACCUGAACGAUCGUACAUGCUAGCACUCAAACGCGGCCUAAAAAUCGAGCGUGAUAAGGAAGCCACAGUCGUUCCCGCUAUUCCUCGUAGUGCGGCGGGUGCUUACAUGAUCAUGCGACUUUCGGGUUUGCCUAUGCAUGGAGAGGACAAAGAAGACCAAGACAUUAUCUGCGCAAACAAUGUACGCAAGUCGAUAGGGUCACUGUUUCUGUAUUGGCAGCACGACAACAAACCUAUUCGCGUGUUGGAAGUUUUUCCGGAGAGGAUUGAAGAAGAGGAUGCGGUUCGAUGGAAAGGAUCGGUUGUAGUGAUUUUGGAUGGCGAUUAUUAUAUUCCACAGCAAAAUCUUGAGUCGGGUCUCGCCUACGUCGCUGCUUAUGACCAACAUGUCAAGUUUCAAGUCAUCGGGCCAUUUCAUUACAACGCGUUUUGUCCAACCCAUCGCAUUAUUGAUAGUCACACGCCAGAGAAUUGCAAGUACUUUGAAAACGAAUACCCGGGAGGCCUAUCCUUUUUUUGAAGAAGAGAAAAAACAAAGCUUUCAUGAUCGCUUAUCAUCGUCCGUCAAACAAAGGUGCCGAAAUGCUUUUUUUAUAUCAACGAUAAUGACGACAACAACGAUCGUCGCUGCUACUGGAUAGGAUUGGAUGCCCUUGGCUGUUGAUUACCCAAAUUUUCCUUACAAAACAGUAUACUAUUGCCUAGUACAAGCAUAACAUUGUAACCAUAAAAUGUGGUCUUUUUGUUACAGUAUAGAAAAGGAGGGUGAAUGAAUAGCGUGGUUUUGAGCAAUUGUAAUUAAGGAAAGAUGGGUUUUCAUUAGCCUCACACGCUAUUGUGUUUUCCUUUUUCCCUUUAGCUAGUAGUAGCGGCAAAUGAUUCAUAAGCGAUGCAUCCAAAAACGCUGAGCCAUAAAGC